CGUGAACUAUAAAUUUGUAGCACCGACGAUGAAUAUUAGAGCCAAUACACCAACAAUGUCUAGCAACAAUUCAUGAUCAUGUAUUUAAAGAUGCGUGUGCUUUUAUCGCGCGUGAUUUCUUUUUUUGUUUUUUUUUUUUUUUUAUUGCAGUGAAGGAGUAUGCAUAUGUAUGUAAUUCCCCUCCAUAAUUUCCCCCUCAAAACAGUUGCUCUUAAUUCAAGUUGAGUUGAAACGCGGCAUCAAAGCGGCGUGUCUCAAUGAUGCUUAAACAUGUGUUUCGAUACACGGCGAUUUCGCGCAAGCUAUAACUUCUUGAUUUGCACUCAGAUGACCUAGCGACACAAACGACGAUCUUGCGCUCACGUUCGAAUGGCUGUGAUCACGAAACAUUUCAUCAUGGUGAGUAUAUGUAUACAUGCAUGUAAUGUAAACCGCAUUAUCGGCGAACGGGGGUACAACAAGUCUUGAUUAGCCGCUUUCACACAGCGCUGAUCACGCACAAAAACAAUGCCGCACACACACUUCCGUUUCAAAGUAUAUUUCCGUGGAACAACAGCACGCGGGAGAUCCCGCGAUGACCGCGAUUUAUCACCCAACAGGGAAAAUUCCGCUCCCUUAGUCCAUCACAACUAAAUUUCCCGAUAAAAUGAUAUGUGACCAUUUUGUGGAAUAUGUAUGACUAAAGUGCGAGAAAAAAAUGGUAAGUAACUUACCACAAGAAUUUAGAAGAUAUCAACGGAAUAGGAAUCAGCUACGACAUAUACUUGAAGAGACACAACGUACAUUAGAAGUUAUAAAAUUAGAAAAUUUUUUUCCUGGAGAGGAUAUUAUUCAAGAACUAUUGCCUCCUUUGACCUUGGAUAAAGUGACAAAUAUUCUUAAUAACUCACCCGCAAUAAUUGUCUUUGGACAAGACAAUAAAGCCAAAGCUACACUGGUCAAUAACUUGCUCUCAGCUGAUAUCCUGCCGUUGUCUAAUGAUUCAUGGAGAUGGGUCAAACUUACUUAUGGUCACACAAAUCAUGUCAGUCUCACAUUAGGUUUAGAGUACGAAGUAGUGGAAACCUUACACUCAAACGAAAACUCGUGGAACACGCUUCCUAUCGAAGACUUGGCAAAGUCAAUAAGUGAAGAUAUCAAUUGUCCAACAGUACUGGAAGUAAAAUUAGAUCAAGCGGUGCUAAAAGAAGGUGUUCAAAUAUUUGUUGUUCCCAACAAUGGUGUGGUGAAAAUUCUCGCUAGAGGUACAUUGAAGAUUUUACCUAUAUUUCUUUAUGCUCUCGGAGAGCAACCGUUGACUGAAGAAAAUUUGGAAGAGUUGAGAGACUUGAAAGAAACUUAUCCCCAUAAUCCAAUUUUAUUCAUAUCGUCGUUAGCAAACAUUUCAUUGGAUGGUACAGACGCCGAGUUGACUGAAUCUGAACAGCAUAGUUUACAAAAUCGGAUAGAAGUGCCAAAUUCUAAAGAAUCUAAAAGCAACGAUAGUAUUAAUAUUGACAAAAUGAAUUCACUUGGUUUAACAUGGCUGGAUCAAUUGAGUAGUUUAGGAUUUCUCGGCAUGGAAGAAUCUGUUGAGGUUCAUCAGUUAACGUGGCUUGUUGGCGAGCAAUAUCUCAACAAUUCAAGUGAUUUGGUGGAUUCAUGCAAAAGAACGGACCGUAUCUUACAUUUUACCUGUGGCUGUUUGCAAAACUAUUUGAUUAACGCCAUCACUUAUUUGAACGAGGUACACACAAACAGCUUACGUAAAUUUAUUUUAAGUGCGUUCGACAUGGCACGUAAGAUACAAAUCACCCCAAGAAGAAUACAAUACGCUCAACAGAAAGAAACUGAACUCUAUACUAGUCUAAUGAAGGUUGUUAACGAGCAGCAAAUGGAAUUGACUGAACUUAUACAGUAUAUUAUUCAAGAAAUGAAAGACGAUAUAUCAGAAUCUACCGGUGAUAUUUACCAAUGUCAGACUAUCUCCUUUGAUAAUAACGAACAAUCGGAAUGGACGAUGACGGUUCGCGUCGCGACGUCGGAAGUCCAGCGAUUUGUGUUAGGCCGUUUAGGUGAGAAAGUCGCGAAGGAACUUGUGAACUCGGUUAACUGUCUUCGAGAAACUUUUAUCGGAACUCUUCAACGUUGCUUGAUAAGCCUCGAAAAAACGUACGAACAUGACAGUAGCCUCUUAGCUAGCGAUGCCUUAAAACAAAUUCUCUCUGUAGCGUACAACGUAGAAUUGCAUAAUUCGUCACCGUCCUUAGUACAUUUAUUCUUAGAAAGGCUGAGACAGCUUUUCAAGUCUUUGCCAUUACCGUGGUCACCGACUCCAACACUGAACGCAGCUUGGAGAAGAAAGGUCACCAUCGAUAUCCUGAAUUCCCUGUCGGCAGCAAGAUUAGCGAGGACUAUAUCCACACAGUUUAGAGACAAAUUGAAAUUGUCGCACGAUGCUUUCCAGACGGCCCUAAAGUCUCUAGAGAAUUACUAUUCGGGAAAGUUGGAGAGAACCGAGGAACAGAGGAUAGCCAUACGAAAGUUUUACGCGCCCAAGCUGGCCCAACUCGCACUGGAGUCCACAUCGAUGAUGGACGCGAUUCGCUUCGGAAUUCCGCAUUACAACAGGGAGAUCGGCAGAGGACAGUACGGCGUAGUGUUCGCAUGCGACGGUUGGGGCGGAGCACCAGGACCAUGCGCUGUGAAGUCCGUUGUUCCACCGGACGAGAGACACUGGAACGAUCUCGCGAUGGAAGUUUACUAUACCAGGACGAUACCAGAUCAUAAGAGGAUAGUGAAGCUUCGCGGUUCGGUCAUUGAUCAGUCGUAUGGUGGAGGAUACGGAUUCGGUGCGGCAGUACUCUUAAUCACCGACCGAUUAAGUCGCGACUUGUACUGCGGUAUACACGCCGGUCUCUCGUGGCUAGAACGAAUACAAAUUGCAAUCGACGUGUUGGAAGGAAUACGUUAUCUUCACUCGCAAGGUCUCGUCCACCGAGAUAUCAAGCUGAAGAAUGUUCUACUCGAUACAGAUAACAGAGCCAAAUUAACGGAUCUCGGAUUUUGCAUCACCGAAGCUAUGAUGUCGGGAAGUAUCGUGGGAACGCCCAUCCACAUGGCACCGGAACUUUUAUCUGGUCACUAUGACAGCAGUGUUGAUGUUUAUGCUUUUGGAAUUCUUUUUUGGUACAUUUGUGCUGGGAAGGUUCGAUUACCAUACGCAUUUGAGCAGUUUCAAAACAAGGAACAAUUGUGGAUAAGUGUACGAAAGGGUAUCAGACCUGAGAAACUACCGCAUUUUGAUGAGGAGUGCUGGAUGUUGAUGGAGCAAUGCUGGUCUGGAGAACCGUCUAAGCGUCCUCUGCUCGGUGCAAUACAACCGGUAUUAGAGUCGAUACAAGAGAAAGCGGAAAAUGGCAAGUCUUUGCAACAACUCGGCGUAUCGAAGCUACAGGAGGGUUCGUCAUCCUAUGAGCAAGCGAAUCCUGUGUUAGCGUUAGCGGAUCCUAAUAACCAAAGAGGUGCUGUAUUUAGUCCGCUUCCUUCUAGACGCAAGACUUUGAAAAAAAAAAUUAUAAAUCCUGCCAUACUACCUUUUCACACGACUAAAUUCUUUAAAACGGGUGUCUAUUCUAACAUGUUUGUUCAAAUGCGAGAAUUUUAAAAAAAUCGACCAAAAGCCAGAUGUAUCGCACAUUUUAGUUUUAAUUUAAAUAAUUUUUGUUGUUUUUUUUUUUUUACUUAUUGCAUUGCUUGGAAUGCGCUUAAACACGCGGCUCACCAUUAAUUUCACUAAUUCGACAAAUGUUUAUAUAUAGUAUUGUAGCACAGCACAGUAUUAAAGAUUUAAACAGACUGCACCGAGUUUGCACCAUUUUUGUAUAGUCUUUUUGUAGAAAAGAUAAUGUAAUUUCUUUAUUUUUUUUUUAUUUCUAUGAAAUUACAUAUAUAGUUCAUAUACAUGUGUGAUGUGUGCAGAAGAAUUUAUUAACGUAAAAUGAGUGGGCCGAGGUUAUUCAUCAAGAUGAUAAUAUAUCAACGACACAUCGACAAUAUUUUACAUACUCUUUAAGCAGUUGUAGUUCUUCGCAAGUUUUAUAGCAGACAUGUAUAUACGCAUUCUAUGUAAAUACUAUUGUUAUUAGGUAACGAGAUUUCUUUUUUUUUUUUUUAUUUGAAAACAUAUUUAUUUUGUUGUAUAAGUAUAAUGUUUUCAUAUAUUCCUGAUUGUGAUGACUGCAUGAUUUUAUUAAAUUGGGAAAUAUAAAUAUUAUAAAUAGUCAAAUCACACACAUUGAAUGUACAUUGUUGAAGAAUAAAUAAAGUUUCUUAUUUUUGUAUCUAAUGUUGACACGUAUAUAUCACUCAUCUCGUUUUUUAUAAAACCCAUCACAUAUCUACUAUAUACAUAGAGUAUAUAUGUUUAUACGUAUCUAUAUAAAUUAUACACACACAUUCGUUAUAUCUUACA